UUUCUGAGCUUCCGAUAUUUCGAUAUCGCGUUCGCGUGAUCUUGGAUUAUGUCGCGUUAAAGAACUAAGAGAACUGAAUUAAGAGGAAAUCAUAUGAAAAUGUAAUUAUGGAUAUAAUCAUUAUUAGCAAUUGUGAAAUAUUACAGUUGCCAGUUUAUGUUGUUUUUAGUUGACGAUCUUAUAAUUUAUGUAUAUUGUAUAUUGCAAUUUUACUACAUUUUACUAGAUAUCUUUACUAGAUAUCUUUACUAGAUAUCGUGCACUAGAUAUCCUGCACUAGAUAUCCUGCACUAGAUAUCCUGCACAAAUUUAAAAAUUGUUAAACAAAUGAUAAAUUGGUUACGCAUCACAAAUAUAAGAAAUCAUAUAAUUAUUAAAUUAACUUGAUGCUCUUUUACAUUUUUAACAAAAAUUGAGAUUAAUAAAAAGUAAUAAAAGCGCUUUAAAGCAAUAUUUGUAUUCCGAUCUAAAAUAAUCAUUACAAGUGGAUAGGAUUCAGGGAUUAAUAUUGGAUGAAUUUACACUUAAUAAAUCAUGAUACUAAGAGACAGAAGAGAGUAAAGCGACAUUAAAUUACAAAUAGCGGUCGAGAAAUAGAGCUUUGUCCACGACGAAACGUGCGGUAGCUCUGUCGAGCGCGCUGUCGGGAGCGAUUAGUUAAAUCUCACCCAGAUCCGAGAUCGUUCGCAUCCACCUAUUUAUCCGUGGAUCCAUUUAAUUCGCGUACGCCCGCGCCGUACGCAGUACCAGCCAACGUGAAAUUACACUGUGCACGGACAUACGCAUGUGCACAAAUACGCGCGCGUGCGACAAUUCACGCGGUUCGCCCGCGUCGGUCGCCUGGCGCUUUAUCAACUCACGUUAUUGUAAAUCUAUAAAUAAAUGUGGACUCUCUCUCCUUGGCCGGCGUCUCGCACACCCCCGCCCUGUUCCUCCCGCCGAUCUUUUCUUCGCGGCGGACGGUAUCGGGUGGCGAGGAUGCGAGGGGGAUGCAUGUCAAAGUGAGUGUGUAUUUUCGCCUUUUCGUGGGUGGAGGGAUGGCCCGGUGAAGUUGAGACGCGGAGAGGAGGCGGAAGGGUAAGGGAUCGGGGGUAUCGUUUUGUCAUGUAUUUGCAGUUGCGGCCGUGUGCCGUUUCGGCACAUCGAGUUAUUAAAAUAGUCUGCUACAGACCCGGCGCGAUCUUCCGCGACAUCGACUGCCGGCCGUCUGGCGAUUUCUUCGAUCGGAAAUUCGUUGGACGUUCGGAGAACAAGAGCUCGCUCGCGCGCGGUCGAGACUUUGUAACGUGUGAUUUUAAUCGACGCACGUGUAUGUAGAUACACGAAUGUCUGUGGCUCUUCUGCAAGUGUCAGUAGCUCUGUCCCCAAUGUAUACUUGAGUUUAUUAUACCCCUUACACCAUAUCAUAGUACACCAUGAAAUGUAUACUAUAAUACAUCAUACUAUGUGAUUACAUAUAGUAUCUGGUUUGAGUACAGUAUACGUGAUACUAUAUACUGUACAGUACUUGCAUAUCGAUUGCAAAAUUGCAAGAAAAUUGCUUGUCUAUAUAAAUAUUUAUGUCAUUGUCAUUAGGAUAAAAGAGAUACAUUUGAACAAAUGGUGUAAUUGAUUGCAGUAAUAUUAUAAAUUUUCACUUUAAUGUAAACAUAUAUCCCAAUUGCGUGAUACAAAAAUACACACGUAUCUAAUAUAAACAUUAUGGUAGAGACAUUCUCUCCAUGUAAUAGUUUAUUAUCUUUAUGCGAUGUACAUUGGAAAUUUUUCAUAGUGCAAUGUCGCAAAGCUUUUGAAAUAUUUUUGAUGAAAGGAAGCGAGAGAAUUUGUAUUUACCUAUUAAUUUUCACGUAUUUGCUGAUUCUAUUUUUGUAUCCCGGAUAUCUAUGUAUAUGUAAUAUCGCGUUUGUGGGUUUUCCGGUAAACGUGAAUAUCUCCAUUUGUCUCUUUGUUAAUUAUGAUGUGGAGAUUCUGGAUUCCACUUUUGAAAUCUGGGUAAAUCUAAAAAUAACCGGCGAUUCCCACAGGAGAUAAUAUAUCUAGGAUGUCGCAGAGAUAUCCGCUUUGAUUUGACAUUCGCAGCGUUGAACGAAACUUCUGAAAGAGCUUUUGCUUGUCCCUUUUAUCAGCUAUUUCAACUUUAUAUCGAUUCCUCGAAUGUGGCCAAAAUUUACAUUUUUCGAGUGUUCCACAAGCAUAUAACAAGACUAAAUUUAUAUUACAUAUUAGUAUAAUACUAAAAUAGAAAAUAUAGCAUAAUAUUAAAAUCAAUGUAAAGAGUAUAAUAAUAAUAAGCUAAAUUGGGAUAUUCCUCCCGUGUUUGUAUGUUAGCAAUGCACAGUUGUGUGAGAAUUUCUUUGAAAAUAUAAUAUUUCUAUAUUCUCAAGCACAAAUUGUUUUGCGCCCGCAAUUCAAAGAUUCGCUUCAAUGCAAGUUUAAUAUGAGUUACACUCGCUUUCGGUCGAUAUACAGGAAUAUAUAUCACAAACUUGCCAACUAUGUAAGAUAAUUACGCGUUGCUACAGAACAAAAUGGUACAAUGUAUAAUUCAUCGUCACCGAGGGACAUGGGAGUCUCGGGUGACACACCGACUGUUAAACAACGUUUGGCGUUAUCCUCGCAGUGAACUAUAGAAUAGCAGGCGACUUUUGAGCAUUGCUUUCCGCAUUCUCCUCGGCCCUCAUUCGAUAUUCCAAACUCUCGAUUUGCCCGUCGAAUUUUUGGAUUUUUCAACAGGAGUGAAAACAGAGAUACUGAGUAAUUGAUAUAAUUUUUCUGUGCUUCUCGAGUCGACUAAUUGACCUUAAAAGUAAUUAUGAGAUUGAUUACAGUUAUGAAUCGAAAUUUAAAUUGACAUUUCAAUUCAAUUCAAUUUUAAUAUAAUUUUCAUUCGAUUGAAUUGGAUUCUUUUAUUUUGAAUGAAUUAUGUCUACUACUUAAAACACUGCGAUUUUUUGACUUUCCUAAUAUUAAUUUAGAAAUUAGAAACAAAACUAUUUCGUUAUACAUAAAAAAUGAAUUUUAAUUAUUCCAAAUAUGAUUUUACAUUCUACUUAUUACUACAUUACUUGAGCUCUAUAUUUACAACUUAUUACCAAAGAUUUAUACAAUAAGAUUUCUUCUAUUUACGGAAGUUACUCAAUCCUGCCCGCUGAGAUUCAGCAUUAAACAUGUUCACUUGAUUCUAAGUUUUAUUAAUCCUAUACAAAAGUCGUGCACGUUAACCUCUAUUGCGCGCAUUUAGCUCUACAUCGGUGCAAUCUGGAUACGAAUCGUAUUGUAAAUGAGAGUCGAUUUGGACCGCGCAGAUUACGUGAAGAGAGAUCGUUGCGGAGGAGGAAGAACUGGGAGAAAGAGAGAGAAGUGCCAUUGAGCGGGCCGAGAGCGAGAAUAUUAAUGCGCUUAUAAAUAAACCCGGGGGAAAAAUCCAGCGAAGCGCCCGCGUAGCUCUGCGGCGGCUGCUGCUGUUGCGUGCUUCUUGCUGGCGAAGAAACCACGCUAGGAAGUCGUACGGUCAACUUCGCCAGCUUUCGCGGUCCCAUUUACCAAGCUCGACACCCUAACCUUAGUCUUAGUUUUCUUCCUUUUCUUCUUCCUACGCACAUUACCGGCUCUCGGAUAUGCAUCCGGUGCAACGACGCGCCGUGGAAGCCGUAGACGAUCAUCAUUGCGCGAUCCUCGAGGAAGUGAUUCUGUGCGAACGAUGUGCAUCGGAGAUCGAAAUCGACGUCGUGGUGAUUAAAUGAUCGAGCAAUGAUUGAGGAGUUGAAGAUAUAUGGGGUGAUGAGCGAGUGAAAAUAGGAGAUCAAGUUCGAUUCGAGAGCAUGUGUUAUAACAUGAAGGCGCUGGGUAAGGGAUCUACGGCGAUACGGUAAUACACAAAGGGGAAAUUUUCAUUGGAUAGUGUAUUCGUGUACUAGUUGGAAAUAUUGCCACAAUUAAACAUUACCAUAUCGCGCGACUGAAUUAUUCAUACUAGAGUUACAAUUUGCAUAUUAGCAAUUGAUCAAUAGUUGUAUUAGUUAACGAGAUAUGUAUUUAGAAGAUGUGUGUAAGACAUAAUACUUUUUCAAUUGAUGUAUUAAGAUUUUUGUUACUAUUGUUGUGUGUAAGGGAUUUCUCACAAUAUUUUGCAAGUUUUUGCUAUUAAUUUAUUGCAAUUAUUCAAUGUUAUAGAUAUAUAUCUUAAAUAGAUCAGACUACUAUAUGUUUUCAGUUUAUGGAUAUUGAUAUCUCCCAGAAAAAUUCUCUCUGCGUUACGUUUCCAAUUACAGAAUCAUCACGCGCGGAAAAGAAUAAUGAUCAAAUAAUAAAUUAAUAAUAAUGAGAAGAUUUUCUUCAUAUUCAGUCAUAUUGAAGUCAACCGUUCCGUGUGACCUUAUCUUUUUUCUCUUUCUUCUUUAAAUGUAAUCGUUUCUUUCAGUAAAAUCAUUAACGUCAUGAUAAAAUCGACCACAUGAUCAAAUACAAUACGUACAAUUUAGGAUCGAUGUGUCCUCGUGCAAUGUGCGAUUCUUCACGGAAACUACGUGGGUCCCCAUAAUAGCUUCUAUCAAAUUACGCGCGAUUUAGCGGGGAAUUUGCCAGAGGAUUGUAUCCAGCACGACUAUUUAUAAUUGAAAACGUGGCGCGCCAACAUUGAUUCUUUGAACGGUUCGAAUUCGAAUCGCAAAUCGUAUCCACGGAUAUAAAACAAAUAAAUGCUGGAGGGUGGCGAAGUGUUCGAUGCUCGUGAAAACGGACGUACGUACUUCCUGAAGCAUAAAAUUCGACGAUGUCUGCGACUUGCGUCAGCGGUUACGAUUAUUUAUCCUGGGGAUUGUCAAAUGGCUGGCGUACGUCUUUAUUACGCUAUUACCGCUGCAGCAUUAGCUGGCAUUGGCGAUAAUGCAUUCUAGACAUCCAUCGAUGUCCAUUUAAUGUAAUAUGCGUCAGAUAUGCGCACACCUAACAUAUUCUGACAUUCUCGCGAGUGUCUAAUGGACGGACACGUAGACUGUUUACAGAAUUAUGUUUGUACAAUUAAAUAUACAUAAGUCGUAGGACAAGGGAAGAUAUUUCGAGGUUCAUAGAUAUUUAGGUACAAAAUAGGCAUUUGGAAGUUUAUGGAAAUUUAAAGAAAGCGAAUGAAAGAUGAAAGUUUUUCUACGAAUAAAGUCUUGAAUGCAAGCAAUAAUUCCUUGAUAUUUCGUGUACUACUCAUUAGCUGCGAAUCGCUUGCCUAUGUGAAAUCUUACACGUGUUUACGAUCUUCACGGCCUCGACAAGAAGCUGAAAUAGGUUCAAAAGAACUCCCAAGGUAAACGGUCCGCCUUUGUGCCACCAAGGUGACGAAUCUUCUAAAUAAAAAAAAAUAAAGAAAGAAAUGUAGCUCGCGAGAUCUAGCGCAAUAUGGACGACACCGUCCGCAGCUGUGAACGCGUGAAAAUUUGGAGGCGGACGUAAGCGUCAGGUAUCCUAGAAUCAUGCUCAAGCAUUCGUUGAGGUCGAUGAUGGCAUCGACCGAGCUUCCUACGCCAGGAAGUCCCGGUCCUAGUCCUGGUAGCCCUUUCGAGAUGACACCUAGACCACGCAAGAAGCUCUCUUUCAAAGAACCAGAGACCCUCAAUCACAUGAAAUCGCGCAAGUCGUUGAUACGACCGAAGCUGAUACUCGCGCAAAACAGUGUCGACCUCAGCUUCGAUGAAAAUCCCUUUGAGGAGGAAAACGAGGAUCUUGAUGAGCUCGAGAGCCAGGCGAUGAGGGUGGUCAGAACGGUUGGGCAAGCUUUCGAAGUGUGCCAUAAAUUAAGUAUAAACAACGCUGCAGAAGAUCGCGAACGAGGAGACAAGGACGGCGAAAAUCACGCUGAGAAUUACGGCGAUGUUUAUGAGGACCAAGAAGAAAUUCCUAAUGAACAAUCUCAGCCUUCCCCGUCGCCCGUACAUAAAGACAUAUCAUUAUUAGGAGAUACUGAAGAUUCGGUCCCCGAACAGACGUCCGUUACUUGUCUCCUUCGAUCACACGAUGGAGCAGCGACAACGACCUCUACCUCACCGAUUAGACAGUCGCCAUCGGGCACGGUGACCUCCGAGUGUGGAGGUUUACUGGUGGGAGGCGAGUUAACAGCCCUGAAACACGAGAUACAGCUCUUACGUGAGCGUUUGGAGCAACAGAGUCAACAAACCAGAGCUGCCGUUGCCCAUGCGCGACUACUUCAGGAUCAGCUAGCGGCGGAAACGACAGCACGAGUUGAGGCACAGACGAGAACGCAUCAGCUCUUAGUGCAAAAUAAGGAAUUGCUGGAACACAUAAGCGCGCUGGUGAGCCACUUGAGGGAACAAGAGCGCGUUUCCGGUGGUCACGUCACCUCGCAGUCGCAAAUACCGACAGCCGCGUCGAUGCAACCGCCGGGUGCGGCGGUUUCCGACUUGUCGAGCCUCGGCCAGUGCCAGCGGACUGGUGGCCAGGGCUCGCCGUGGGAACUAGAACCGCCGACCUUUCCGUAUUGCUCAUAUCCAGCGGAAUCGCUCUAUUCCGGAAGCCUGGGCGCUCUAGGGAUUCAGGGUAAUAACGCCACCGCGGAUCAACUGCAGUUCCAGACACAGCUGUUGGAGAGACUGCACAAUUUAAGCCCAUUUCAGCCGCAAAGAUCACCCUACAACACACCGUCGCCGUACGCGAUGGGUCCGAGUUUACUCUUACCGCCGUGCAGCGGGCCAACAAAUUCGGCCCAGCUAUCGCCGAGUUCCGCGUCCUUGCGAGUUUCUCAGCCGAAUAGUUUUUCUUCAUCGCCGGUCAUGACGCACAAGCUCGACAACUACGGAGCUACGGAGAAUACGGAUACUCAGCAGCAGCAGCAAGCUGCAUUCAUAAAGCCGUUGCCAUGCACCAACGAUAAAAGCGCACUGUACUCAUCGACCGACGCAAAGAUGAAAGAGCGUAUAAAUCCGCAGGACGACAUACCUCCGAUAAUUCUGGAUCCACCGCCGCAAGGUAGACGCGCGGACAAUAACGCGGUCAAGAAAACGAGCUCAGCGAAUCAGGGCAUCUCGAAUAACAAGACCAAUGUGCAAAAUUCGAAAAAUCUGGCGACCAUCCUGCGAACUUCCGGUCCACCGCCCUCCCGCACGACAAGCGCUCGAUUACCGUCGCGCAAUGAUCUGAUGAGCGAGAUGCAACGAACCACUUGGGCUCGUCACACGACCAAGUGAUUCUAUAAUAAGACUACAAAUUAAUUCGAUGUUUUUUUUUCAGCAAAAAUCAACCUUGAUCUUUAUUUGAAAAACCAGUUGAUCGUUCUCUCUCCUCUAGAUUCUCUAGAUCCUCCCUCCCUUGUAAACGUUUAUUUGUUUAAAAAAACAAAUUAUUUCAUAGAUUUAAAUACUUGAAUUUACAAAGUAAUUUAGGUUUGUUUAGGAGUAGAUAAAACUAAAGGCGCCGAAUUAAUUUGUAUAGUCAAUUAUAUGCAUGUGAUAAUACGAUAACGCGUUAUCCACGCGAUUUCUUGUCCUGAACAGCGUAAAAAUGUAUCUCGUUAGUGUACGAAGAAGAAACGUCUUGUCGAAUUAUAUUCUACUAGUUGCACAUCACGAAAAACCACGCGUGGAUUUGAGAAUGUUUGGUUCAACGGAUAUCAGGGUUUGCAUUUCCCUCUGAAUCGCUCAAAUGUAAAAUCUAUAUCAUUUCGACAUUUCGAUUUGUAUCUGGAAAUUCUUAUAGACACAAAAUGCAUCAUUUCAUGACGCUUGAAACUAGAACGCUUGAACGAAAGAGGUGAAGAUGCUUCAUAAUGCGUUCUUACCUGAUGAAUAUCAUUGAACGUAGCCGUUAAAAGUUCACACGACGAAUGCAAGAAUCGCGAUUUCAACAGAUACUGAUAGAUUUGUUUGUUGGGUUUUUUUGUAACAUCUGCGGAGAAUGUUUGUAAAAAUCGAAGUAGUAACCGAAGAAACUACGAGUCAUCUCACAUACGUCUCACAUACAUGUCUCGUGUGUCCGAAGGAACAAGUCAUAAUGCAUCUUGUCGCGAUGUAUUUAUUCGCGAUUUAUAGCGUACUACUCCCAUUGUAUAAGAAUCGUCCAGAGAAUCUAACCGACGAAUAUUUUCUUGUGCCAAAACUAUCGAGAGAAUUUAUUUUCAGUAUAUAUUUUUAAGUAUAAUGUAAAUAAAAAUGUGCGUGAUAUUACA